AGUUGAAGUUGUCUUAUCAAUGUUAUCUCUUGCCACCCGCCUGCCUCCCACUUCCAGUCCAUUGAAAUUGUGGUGAAAACUCCCAUGAUGAAUGACAAUUAUUAGAGCUUGUCCAAAUUGUGAAAUGAUUCUCGAAAUCAUUUGUACUUAGACGUUGAUGCUGUUAGCAAAGGCCUUAGCAUGAAGUCGGGAACACGCUUAGAAGCACCUGAUGGCGGUUGGGGGAUACUCGUUUGCAUUGGCAUGGCAAUGCCUUUCGUGAGCGGUUUGGCAGCACUGCCAUCCUUUGGUUUGGUGUUCGGAGAUUUUCUUAAAAGUAUUGGAGCCGAGACGAGUGCCAUUGGAUUUAUAACUAGCGCUUUUUUCUUUUCGUUCAGUUUUGCGGGACUUUUUUCGGGGUCUCUGUUUAACCGUUUUGGAUUAAGGACCGUGGGUCUUUGGGGAGGAUUCCUGUAUUUCGGCGGCUCGCUGCUACAAAUUUUCGUCACAUCAACUAUUGGCUUGAUUUUUGCCUUUAGUCUGAUCCAGGGUGUUGGUUUUGGUCUCAUUGUACCCACAUCCUAUACCACCUUCAACAACUAUUUCGUCAAGAAGCGUAUAAUGUGGAUGAGCUUUUCCCAAUCGUUAAUUGGAUUGGGUUCUAUGUUUUAUCCAGUGCUCAUGCAAAAAUUUCUGGAGUGGUAUGGAUUUCGGGGAUGCCUUAUGGUUCUGGCAGCAAUAAAUUCUCACGCCAUUCUAGGCAUGCUUCUGAUGCAACCUGUAGAAUGGCAUAUGCGUGUUGUUCCUUGUACGGAUGAAGAAAUGCAAAAUCUCAACCAAAAUGAACCACUACCGGAGAAAACUCCCGAACAACCAAAGCCCUUAAGUGAAGUGAGUCACGAUAAGAACCAUUUAUCUGUAUCGACCUCCAAUAUAGGACCGCGAAAAUUAUCGAUUCAAAUGGAAAAAAUAUCAAGCCGUUGCUCCAGCAUUGCCAGUUUAGGCAAUUGGUCUGGCGCCAUGGUUGUGAGUGACGCCUCACCUGAAAUGCUCAACAUCAUAGGAUCGCGACGAGCAUCCACGGUUGUGUCAGCCCAAACGCACAGCAGCAUAGAUAAGAAGGAGACGAAAAAGUCUAAAUGGCAAAUCGUUGUUGAUUUUCUGGAUUUGACGUUGUUAAAGAAACCCAUUUAUGUCAAUAUCGUUUUGGGUAUAUCCUUCGCUUUAUAUUCGGAUAUUGCCUUUUUUACGCUGCAACCAUUGUAUAUGUUCGAGUUGGGUUUCAAUAAGCCGGACACAGCAAGCAUCAUUGCAAUCGGAGCGGCGGCAGAUUUGGGUUCGAGAAUAUUUCUAGCAUUUCUGGCCGUUUUCAUACAAGUGCCGUCCAGGUAUAUAUAUUUGGCUGGGUCCUUCUUCACAGUAUUAUCGCGUUUUGUAUUCCUCAAUGUAUCCAGCUUCAAGGGAAUGGCCAUAAUUACAGCGGUUAUGGGAUUCCUUCGUACUUGGAUUCAUGUGCCACUGCCGUUGAUUUUUGCCGAAUAUUUGCCCAAGGAAAGAUUUGCAACUGGUUAUGGACUAUUCAUGUUUAUGCAAGGCAAUGUUAUGUUUGCCGUUGGCCCAUUCGUUGGCUAUUUGCGAGAUAUGACCAAGGACUAUAUUCUUACCUUCCACUGUCUGAACUUCUUUAUGGGACUAUGUGCAUUUCCCUGGAUUUUAGAAAUUAUAUUUUUAAAGUUCCGCAGAAGAGAAAAGAUCCAGACAAAUGGUAUCUGAGUAUCUAGUUAUUCCAGUUCUAUCUAGAUAUAGUACAUAUCCAAAGAUGUAUAACAGCACUGACUAAUGUUAACAGUAUAAUAUACUGUAAACAUUUUUAAAAACAUUUAUGCUGUAAGUGUAUAAAAUUGUGAAUGCGAAUUGACAUAUAACAAUAUUUAAAUAUAAAUAAAAAAUGCGGUAGUAAUAAUAUUGUACAGGUGUAUACUGGAUAAUUUUUAUAUUAAUCGCUCCUGAACUAUAUGCAUUUACGACUGCUUUUCAUCU